AUGUGCUCCCGGCAGGAGAAGGACCAGUGCCACAGUUACACCCGCCAGAGCUCCGGGGGCUGCCACAGCUCCGGGGGUGGGGGCUGCCACAGCUCUGGGGGCAGCUCUGGGGGCUGCCACAGCUCCGGGGGCAGCUCUGGGGGCUGCCACAGCUCCAGGGGUGGUGGUGGCUGCCACAGCUCCGGGGGUGGUGGCUGUCACAGCUCCGGUGGCAGCUCUGGGGGCUGUCACAGCUCCGGCAGCUCCGGCUGCCACGGGAAGCCCCAGAUUCGGGUCCAGCAGCAGCAGCAGCAGCAGCAGCAGCAGCAGAUACCCCAGGUGCCCCAGCAGAAGACGAAGUGA